AUGUCUGCGACAAAGAAGCUCGUCGUCUGCGGAGGAACUGGGUUUCUGGGCUCUCGAAUCUGCAAAUAUGCUGUGGCAAGAGGCUGGGAUGUGACUUCCAUCAGCCGUUCCGGAGACCCCCGAUGGGACACCAUCACCUCGUCCCCUUCUCCCCCUCCGUGGGCACACAAGGUCAGCUGGGAGCGCGGUGACAUUCUCCGUCCGGCUACGUACGCUCCUCUGCUCAACGGCGCCGACUAUGUCGUCCACAGUAUGGGCAUCCUCCUCGAAGCCGACUACAAGGGCGCCAUCUCGGGCAAGGAGUCGCCCAUCAGUGGCCUCCGGAAAGCCUUUGCGCCUGUCCGCGACCGUGGUGUCGAUCCGCUGCAGCGAGGACAAGGCGAGGAUAUCAAGCCUCCCAACCCCAAGGACCAGUUCUCAUAUGAGAUCAUGAACCGUGACAGCGCCGUCACUCUAGCGAAGCACGCCGCGGCGGCGAAUGUGAGCUCCCUCUGCUACAUCUCUGCUGCUGGAGGAGCGCCUGUCCUUCCUCAACGCUACAUCUCGACCAAGCGAGAGGCCGAAGUCACCAUUGCCACCAAGUUCCCUCAGCUAAGGGGCAUCUUUAUCCGACCCUCCUUCAUGUUCGAUAGCUCGCGCCCCGUCACGAUGCCACUUGCUGCCAUGGUCGGCUUGGGUACUGCCUUUAACGAUCUUACCGGCAACUACUUCAAGACCUUUAUGGGUGCGGCUGGCGUCAAGCCGAUGAAGGUAGAGACUGUCGCCGAGGCUGUGGUUGAGGCCCUGGGCGACGAGAGCGUCAAGGGCGCGCUCGAAGUGCCCGAGAUUGAGGAGCUUGCCAGCAAGGCAUGGAGGAAAACAAUGUUGUAG